AACCUUGAAGUUUACCACACGAUCCAAAAUUCAAAAUGGGCGAACUUGUUCCAUACAUCAAUGGCAUGCAACAGGGCCAAGGCUACAACACGUACCUUCAAGAACUCUGUGUGAGGAAUGCAGUCACCGUAGAAGGUUCGGAAAACAACGACAACCCCUUCCACAGAGAAUACCAUUCCGACUACGUAAGCGACUACAGAAAGCUUGCAGAAAGUCUCAAGGUCAGUGCCGGAGCAGCUGUCAGCGGUUGGGGCCAGAGCGGCAAGGUCGAUGUCAGCGUCCUUGACCAGAGCGAAGUCGAGAGUACCACCUUGACUUAUCAAGUGGAAGUCCUUGUUCAACAUCAAGGAAACGUGAGCAACAAGUUCACAUUCAACGACAUCAAAACAGACAACCCAGUCAAAACCUAUGGCGACCGCUUUAUUACCGACUUUGUUCGGGGAGGCCAGUUCCUCGCCCGAGUAUCGAUCACGGUCAAAAAUUCUUCUCGGAAGAAAGAAAUUAAGGAAUCGGCAGAAGUGGCGUUUACCAUGUAUGGAACGGAAGGAAAAGUGACCCAGGAAGUUGAAAGUGCCGUUGAGGAUAUCAAACAAAACUCCACUGUCCGCAUCGCCAUCUACGAGUCAACAGGCACUUCGAAAUCCUCUACUGGAACAGCAAAGAUAUCAUCAUCUGAGACAUCUGAUCUACUUGCUGUCAAAGAGAAGGCCGACAAGUUCUACGACGAAGCGAGCUCCGGCAAACACAACUACAUGCUUUUCGCUGUCCUCGGCAAAUACACCAACUUGUCAGACUUCAACAACCGUUUCAAACCACUCGACUACUCCGAAGCAAACAAGAGGAGUUGGGCCUUGUUUGAUGACUUCACCCGGUAUCAGGCCAUUGAGAAACUCAUCAAAACCAUACCCGCAAACAAAUACAAUGGGGGCUCGACGCAGCUAUCAGAGCUGCUGGACGGUGCGAUCAAAAACUCCAAAAAGAUUAGGGACAGAAUUCUCCUGAUCUCAGAGAACCCCGACGAAUCUCGCAAUUCGCCCGACCAUGUUCCACCCACCACGUUCCGGCUGGAAGUGCUGCGUGCAAUCAAGAGAGCGACAUACAUAGCGCAGAGCAGGCCGGUACAGGGCAGCGACAAUUGGACCGAUAUUGCCAGCACAGUAAAGUACCAGGGCGCCACCGAAAUAUUCAAGUUUGAGUCCUUCGACUUUGGCGAGCUCAUCGGGACAAGGGUUGUCUCUUUCGGCAAGAGCACGAGCCGCGAGGACUACAUUUGCCUCAUAGGCGAACGCGCGUCCAACAUCGACGGUUGGAAGGAGGAGAGCCACUUUUGGGUCCUCCCAGAGAUGGUCGACGACUUCACCAACAAGACUUGGGCUGCCGGCAGAAUCGCCUCCAAGAACUACAUUAGACUUUAUGCGGCUGAUCAGUCAGACAUUGAUAACCCGAGGAGAAACCAGUUUUUCUACUUCUUCACUGCUUAG